AUAAAAAAGAUAAAGCUGCAAAGUAUCCUGAUCUUGAAACUAAAAGAUUUGCUGAAUUACUAGAUAUCAAUGAUUUUAAAGGUUCAGAUGGUUGGGUCUUGAAUUUUAAGAAAAGAAAUAAUAUAAAGCACUAUACUAUGCAUGAAACAAGUGGUAUAAGUAAUCAACUCAUUCAAGAAGAAUAUCAUGAACUUCAGGGCCUAAUUAAUGGACUAAGAAAUAUUGAAGCUUCUGAUAGAUUGAAUACAGAGGAUUUUAUUAGAAUUGAUAAUGAAAUCCAAGAGUUUGGAAAUGUUGAAAUUACUGAUGAAGAAAUUAUUAGUUAUAUAAGACCAACAGCUGAGUCUGAGCCAGAAGAUGAAUUAUCAAUUGUUAAACAAAAAUUACUAUAA